AUGAAUAAGUCAUUGGCUGAAAUGAAAAAACCGGAAACUUUAUUAGAUAGAUCUAAUCAACAAUUUGAGAAUUCCUCUGGUAAAACAUUGAUGUCGAUCAAUAAUGGACUGAAUCAUUUACUCAAAACUAAUCAUCCAUCUUCGUCAACAGUGAUAACAUCAACGUCAUCAUCAACAUCAUCAGACUGGUUAAAAUGUCAAAAUCCUACACCGACUAAAUCAAAAUCAUCAUUAUCAUCAUCAACAACACCAAUGUCAUCAUCACAUAAAUGGUUGAAUGCAAAUGAUACAAUUGAACAGAAUAAAUCGAACACAAGCGAUAGUCAAGUAAAUAACGUUAUUCGAACAAAAUUUCUAUCCAAUGGAAUAUCCAACAAUAUCAAUGGUCAUCAAAAAUCAUACCGUACACAUUUACCGACCGCUAAUUUAGGGCUUCAAUUCAGUACUAUAUCGGAUAGAACAAAAUGUUCCAAUUUAAAACAGUCACAUAUAAAUAUAACCUCAAAGUUAGAUGAUACAAAUAAAUCUAAUCAUGAAACGAUUACAAGCACAAAAUAUACUCCAUUUAUAAGUCAUAAUCGACAACGUUUAAUACCACAACAUUUAUUGUCACGUUUAAAAUCACUUAAAGAAAUUAACAAUGGUGAAAAUUAUUUGACGUAA